UCAACAAGGUGACAUCAUUACAUGAAUUUCAGGACAGAAAAUGAUGACCUCAAGUGAAAAGCCGAAGGUCAUUUCUGACGAUGAGGUUAUUAAACAAUUGUGUAGGGCAAACGGCUUUUCCUUUGAGAAGAUGUCAGACGAUCUCAGCGCGGUUGCUUCACUGGAAGUGUUCUUCUCGGGUUAUCCCCGCAUGGUCGGCCUCUCGCUCUUCCCAAAGCUUUUACAACUCACAAUAGUGAGCCAGAGCAUUAGCCACCUCCAGGGCCUGGAGGGUUGCCCGCUGCUCCAGGAGCUCUGGGUGGCUGAAUGCCAGCUGACGAAGAUCGAUGGACUGCAGAGCUGCUUUCAGCUGGAGAAGCUCUACCUAUACGACAAUCAAAUCAGUAAAAUAGAGAAUUUGGAGUUACAGGUUAAUCUGCAAGUGCUAUGGCUGAACAACAAUGAUAUCUGUUGCAUUGAGGGUUUGAAUACUCUGCAAAAACUCAGAGAACUAAAUCUAGCUGACAACAAAAUUGAAAAAAUAGGGCACAGCCUUGAUCCCAAUAUCAACGUUGAAGAUCUGAAUCUAUCUGGGAACAAGAUUGCCUCAUUUAAGGAGCUAACCUUCCUGGCCCACCUGCCCGCUCUGAAAGCCCUGGGACUGCAGGACUCCCAGUCAGUGGCCAACCCGGUGUGUCUGCUCUGCAACUACUCCACCCAUGUCCUGUACCACAUGCCCGGCCUCCAGCGGCUGGACUCCUACAACGUAUCCAGUAGACAUAUGAAGGAGGCUGCUGAGACGACGGUGAUGAAGAAGAUGAUGUACUACAACAUGCGUGUGCACACGGCCCAGAAGAACCUUAGGGAGACGGGGCACCGGCUGACGGAGCAGAAGGAGGCCCUAUGGAAGCCCCCCGUGGAGCAGAUCAGAGCGUGCGGCCGCGCCAUCAAAGAUUGGGAGACGGUGUUCCACCUCUCAGCUAACCCCACUGCUGGCGCUCCUUACCCUCAGCUGGAGAGGUCUCUGUCUGAGGUCCAGGAACACGGAGCGAGGCCGCCCCUCCCCUGGGCGGUCCGAGCACCGUCGCCCCCCGCCGGGACCCAGGACCCAGGGGAGGAGGAGGACUCAGGGGAGGAGGCGGGGUCUUCUACGGACUCCAGCAGGGACUCCCCGGUGGAGCACCUGAUACAGACUAAGAUGGGGGCGCUGGGCCAACGCGUGGAGCAGUGUGAACGGAGGCUGGAAGAAAUCGAGGCCUGGUACAAGCAGGAGUUAUCCCAGGCCACUCACCGGAAGGAGUGCACGGUCCACUUCCUGUUGAUGGAGCUCCAGACUGUGGGGAACAUUCGCUUUGAGGACGGCUGCCCCAGAGAUCCCUGGUUUGCGUCCUGCCAGGGCCUUAUCCAGUCCAGGUUCUCCGUGGGGGACCUCAAGGCCCACGGCGUCACCGGCCUCCGGAUCACCAGCAUGACCCGCGUGCACAACCGCGCUCUGAGGCUGCGCUUUGAGGAGAAACUCAGCUUGCGGUUGGCUGACGAGUCCCCGUUCUGCUCACCGGAGAACUACAAGCGCUGGCUGGAGUACCUGUUCUAUGUUCCUGACCCGGAGAGACCCAGCGAGGAGAAUGAAAUGCUGCAAAUCCUGGAGGAAGGUUUCCUAAGCGCAGAGGCGCUGGGGAGAGAGUGUGCCGUGCCUCUGUCCAACAGCCUGAACGUGGCAGACGCACCCAGGCUGGAGCACGCCUUACGUCAGGUCCCCCGUAGCUUCCCUCUGCCCUUCACUCAGGGUCACGUGAUCGUCUCCAAAGUGUUUCUUGGCCGCAGCGUCCACCUCCGAGAGGGCGUGCCCGUGGACCCCAAAGCCGACUCGGUGUACCGCAACAUGGGUACAGAGCUCGGGGUCAGGUCCCACCGAGACGGACCCAGCCAGUGGUUUGUGUUCGACCAUGAGCUGGUCUUGCCAGAGUACAUUGUUUACUUUGAAUAUGUCACAGAGCAGGGGGCUCUCCCGGCCCUCUCUCCUUUGGUAGACCACCCCCCUCUUCUGGAGCUCCUCAGCAUGGAGCCGUUCCUGAAGCCACGCCCCCGGAUGACCGGUCUGGACGAGGGCACCCUGCUGCAGUCGGCCAGGGUCAACACCCUCAGUCAGAUCACCGUGCUGAACCUGCACGGCAGCGGUCUGUCCAAGCUGAAGGAGCUCUCUGGCCUCCGCGCCCUGCGUCACCUGACCAUCAGCUUCAACGAGAUCACACGGCUGGACGACAUCUCCCACAUGCCCAACCUGGAGUUCCUGGACGCCAGCUACAACCACAUCGCCUCCCUGGAGGGCUGGAGGGGUCUGGGCGGGCUGAGGACGCUGGACGUGCGCUGGAACCGGCUGAGCAGGGCGAGGGACGAGGCCGCCGUGCUGAGGAAGCACGCCGCGGCUCUGCUGAGGCUGGACGCCCGCCACAACCCCUGGACCCGGCCCGACUCUGUGAGGGCCACCAUUGUUGGCCGCCUGGGGACCCUCACCCACCUGGACCAGGUCCCGGUCUCAGAGGAAGAGGUGGCUGCAGCUGCGCAGACCACCGCCAGCUCAAGGAUCACACAGGCUUCUCUGCUGACCCACUCCGGUACGGCCUGUGAGUGUCCCCGCAGCCUGAGCCUGCUGUCCACCGCCCAGCUACUGGUGCAGCUCAGCCCGGCCCCCUGGCCCCCCCACGCCACCCCUGAACCAGGCUGGACCGCCAUGAUCACAGCCCUGUCCCUAGACGGGCUGGGCAUCUCCAGGCUGGCUAACCUGGAUAAGCUGGUCAACCUCCGGUGGGCCUCGUUCAACGACAACGACCUCAGCCAUCUGGAGGGCCUGGAGAACUGCCUGGCCCUGGAGGAACUCUCCCUGAACCACAACGCCAUCUCCAGCAUGGACGGUUUGUCUCCACUGCGUCGUCUGGUCAAACUGAGCCUGAACGGAAACCAGCUGCACUGUCUGGACGCCUUCGGCCUGGAGCGCCUGCCCAACCUGCACUUCCUGUCCGUGGAGGACAACCACAUCGCCUCCAUGCACGGGAUCCAGCGGGCUCGCUCGCUCCUAGAGCUGUACAUCGGCAAUAACCUCAUCGCCACCACCAGAGACAUCUUCCAUCUGAAGGCCCUGUCUCACCUCAUCAUCCUUGAGCUCCACGGGAACCCCCUAGUGGACAAGCUGGAGAACUACAGGAUGUACGUUGUCUUCCAGCUGCCGGCCCUCAAAGCCCUGGAUGGGGUCGGAGUGGAAGUGACCGAGUCUAAGAACGCCAAGGACGUGUUCAGCGGCCGCCUGUUGCCGGACAUGGUGGCGGAGAAGCUGGGUCACUCCAGGUACUCGGACGUGAGGGUCCUCAGGAUGCAGGCCUGCUCCAUCAGGAUGGUGGAUCUGACCCCAACUGACCUCUUCCUCAACCUGUGCAGCGUGAACCUGGACAACAACAACCUCACCUCGUUCUCCGGCCUGGUCUACCUGCCCAACGUCACGGCUCUGUGUCUGAACCACAACCACAUCGAGUCCAUCCUGCCCCGACAGAAGAGCAAGGGCCACCUGACCAAGAGACAGCUGCUGCACCGCAAGGUGACCUCCAGUGGCUAUGGCCGGCCAGACCCGAACAAGGGAAGCAGGGAGGCGCUGGCGCCUGGAGGCCUGGAGCCGCUGAUGGCCAGCCUGGAGGUGCUGCAUCUCAGCCACAAUGGCAUCUCCAACAUGGCCAAUCUGCAGCUCAGCAGGCUCACCAAUCUCAAAGCACUCUUUCUUCAAGAGAAUGACAUUAGCCAGGUGGAAGGCCUGGAGGGACUGACCCGGCUGAGAGCCCUGGUCCUGGACCGCAACCGCAUCAAGGCCCUGGGGGAGAGCUCCCUGGUGGGUCAGAGCCUCCUGCUGGAGCUGUCCUUGGCGCAGAACCGCCUGCGCGAGCUCAGCCACCUGGAGCCGCUGGUGCAGCUCCGCCAGCUGUUCCUCGCCAUGAACAAGCUACAGGAUAUCUCAGAGUUGCACAAGCUGGAAGUCCUGCCGUCCUUGAUCGAGCUGUCUGUGAAUGGCAACCCGGUGGCCCGGCGGUCUCUCCACAGGCCAACGGUACUCCUGCGUCUCCCGGACCUGCAGGUCCUGGAUGGAGAGCCGGUGACCGUGGAAGAGAGGACCAGGGCGGAGCUCUCUGCAGUCCCAGCGUGUCCCGGAACGGUCCUUCCCCUCUCUGGGGAGAUGAGCGCAGCGGGGCUGCGGCCGCUGGUGCCGCGGGCCGCGCCCCUCAUGGGGCUGCAGAACUUCCCCGGCCAUGACGGCCUGCUCCCGGGUAACCUAGAUGAUGGCCAAACCCAGGACACAUCGUCCAGCCAUAAGAAGCAGAGGACCAUGGGAGCUCGCGGCAGCCAGGUGGAGACGUUGUCCCGGCCCGUUAGAAGGAACGGGAGCGGCCUCCCCAACCCGGGUCUGCCUCCAGAAGGGAACAGACUCCUGCUCAUCUGCCCCAGUCUGGAAGACUCCCCCAGCCCCCUAAAGUACACACCUCUCUGUACCUUCAGGCCCAAUAGGGCUAGUUUCAGACCUCUGACGUUGUUUGGUUUGAUUAGAUGAUCCUCGUUUCAUCCUCAUGUUUCCUUUCAGAUUCCCGAAUAGCAGCGCACAUAAACCUUGACCUUGGAAAUACGCGCUGUUCAGAAGUGGGUGACCUGAUGUAGCGAGUUCAGAGCAGCUCCAGCCACCUCCACCCUCCCUACACCACCAUGCCACCACUUCUCUUUCUUACUGUGUCUGAUAUUUGAUUGAAAAACUAUCAAUACAUUUCUUUUGGAGGAUUUGAAUCCACUAACAGUGGAUUUAUCUUCACUGAAUUACCUUUUGAACCACCACAACCUUGCUUUGAGGGAAACAAAGCGGCCCACUUGCCUGGCCAGGUAUCUAGUACAGUGUUUUUUAUGUGUCUCAUGACAGAUUUUUCUGUCCAAAUAUAUGGAUGGCUAACCACUGUAAUCUGAGGAUGAGAGGUUUUUUGGUGUCAUGUCCGUCCCCCCCCCGAAACCAAAUACUAACACCCACAGAUGCAGAGGCGCGUGGGUCUGGCAUCGCAACCGUCCGGUCAAAUGGAUCCGCAACGAGUAGUUAAUCCAGCUUUAGCACACCUCUCUGUGGACAAUAAUCUGCAGUCACGCAGAAAGAGAUGCAGCAGUGUGGUUGACAGCGGUCCAAAUGGGUUGCAGAGAUUGUGGACUCCAGCCUGCUGGCCUCUUUGCCUAAAGCCUGACAUGUACUUCCUCCCCGUUAACGGGAUGCAAUAACUAUCAUCGGUAGAAUUUUAUAAUCUACUCAUAGAUUACACGUUCUAUGGAUUUAAUAUAGUGUUAAUUUGAAAAAUGAAUGAUUCACCCACCUUUGCUUUAUUUUUCAAUAAAGGCAAUUUGAGGUUGCUAUGGCAAACGAUAUUGUUGCUAAACUGGAUAAAACCAGAGUAAACCAGAUGACACACAUGAUGACUCAGUUGACUCAUAAUACUUGAAUAAAUGUAUUUGCUCAUCCUUAUGCAUUUACACCCCAACGUU